AAUUGAUAACUUUGGCAUUCCAAAACUAACUUAUGAGCUCUAUUAAAGAUGCCUUGGUUCGAAUUGGUCGAUCAAUACGACAUUUCGAUUUUAAUAAGGCAAUUACCAACCAUUCAAACCCUUCAAAAUCAAGACCAAAAUCAUAUAAUGAAAAUCAUUUUGUAGAUCAAAGUCAAAUUGAUUCAAAUGAAAAUGCAUUGAUACCUGGUCCAUUACAUCAUAGUAAAAUAUCUAAUGAAAAAUUGAAAAAAUAUUACCCUUUAGUAUCUAAAGAUUAUCAAAGAAAAUAUUAUCAAGAUUUUUUGAAACCUUUAGGUAUACCAAAUUUGAAAACUUUCCAACAAGAUAGACCAAAAUAUAACUCAACUUUAGCUCAUGAAAAUUGGCAAAGAUCAAAGGCUUUACAAAAUAUAUCCAAUAGCAAUAGUGGUAGUAGCUUAACUGCCUCAAAGUUUUUAGAAGACCGAAUCCACUUUAUGCGAAUGAUGGAUCUUUUAAUUAAAAUUACUCCAGAUUAUCUUAAAUUAGAUCAAUCAGCAAAUCCACAAUAUAUUGAAAGAAUACUACAAGUUCAAGAAAAUCAAGAAUUGGAAAAUAAAUAUCCACAUUUGACCCCAAAAUAUCAUUUUCAUGAAGUGCCACCAAUACCAAACCCUUUAGAAAUGGAUACCAAGACAUUUCUGGAAUAUAUUUAUUUUUUAACUCAUCUGAACAUACAUUAUAAGAAUUCUCAGUCAUUAGAAAAUGGAUUAAUCCCUGAUAUUUUAUUAUAUACUCAUAAUUUAUCAAAUCAUCAUAUGAAGAAAUUUAGAUCAACAAAUUCAUUUAAUCAUUUAAUUAAAUUUUUCGGAUAUGAUAAAAAUCAAAGUUCAUUUGCAAGAGAAUUAUUAUUAGUGAUGCAUGAAGAUGGUCAUAAACCAAACAUUGAUACCAUAAAUAAUCUUCUUAAGAUGUGUCGAACACAUUCUCAUAUCAGAUCAUUAACCAGUACUUAUUCCAUUGUUAGUAAAUAUUUAAAAUUAUCACAAUCUUUAGGUAUUGAUAUUACUUUAACUACUUGGUCAAGAGUAUAUGAUCUGAUCAAUAAUAUUUUCUUAAAGGAAAUCUUUAUUGAUAAGAUGAAUAGUAUUAAUCUACCAAUAUCAAGAAAUAUGAUAUUAAGAAUUUUAGAUGAUUAUAUGAAAACUACAAAGGAUACAAAUUUAAUAAUUAAUUUUAUUGAAAAUGAUCUAAAACAAAAUGAUUGGAAAAAUGAUUCACAGAUUGCAAAUAAAGUUUUUAAACAUCGAUUGGAAAAUCAAUCAAUUAAAGAAGGAAUUAAUUAUUUUUUCAAUGAAUUAAAGGAAUCAAAUCAAAUUAUUGAUGAAUAUACAUAUCAAUAUUUAAUGCAAUUUAUUGCAUUUCACAAGAAUAUUACUAAUGAUAAUAAUGACAAACACAAACUAAAUGACCAACAAAAUGAAAUAACAAAUGAUAGAAUAUAUCUAAUGUUAAGCGCUUAUUCAACGUUGCUAUUCAAUUAUCCUAAAAUUGAAUUCAAUCCUAAUUUUUAUAAAUAUUUGAUACGAGGAAUUUGUAUACAUUCUCAUAAUCAUGAUUUAGGGCCAAUUAUGUUAAUUUUAAGAGGCUUAAUUCAUGAAGAUUGUACCCGGAAUUUAGGAUUACCGAUUGAAUUUAAUCGAAUUAAUAUAAAUGGGAAAAGUUCACAAAUAGAAGUUGAAGGUCCAUCUGAAAACUUUAAAAUUAUGAGAAGAAUUGUUGGACCAUUGCUUAAUGAAUUAGAAGGAAGGUAUUUGUAUACACAUGGGUUUAAAUGGUCUAGACGUACAAAAUAUAAAAAUGAAAGGGCUGGUUGCUCCCUAGAUAAUGAUACUAUUCAUCUGAAACUUCUUAGAAAUCCGUUGACAACAAAAGAGAAAGAACAAUGGGAAUUAAUUAAACAUACAUUUGCACAGGAUAAUAGUCAAUUACUGGUUAAAGAAGAACAUAGUAAAUUGGUUGGAAUCAUAAAAGAUUAUGAAACUACUAAAAAAGCAUCUAUACAAGGAGAUAAUUAUGCCAGAGAUCAUAAGAAACGAUCUGUGGCAGCAUCGGUGAGAGAACGACUUUCAAGAAUGCAUCUUGGUUCAGACGCAUAUGUGAAGAAAAGAAUGGAGGAAAGAGGGAUACUUGUACAUAUUAAAGAAACUGAUAAUAAAUAGAGAUAUAGACAAAUAUAAUAGAGAAAGACAUAGAUAACUUACGACAUUUUUAACACAUUUAUACUAAAAUUCUUUCUUUCUUGGUUUGGAAUACCUUUUCAGCAUGAGAUACGAUCACAUGUGUGAUAUCAUCACGCAUUUAGGAGAUGGAUAUU